CGUGGCUUGCAAAUAAGCGUGGCACCGAGUGCGCCUGCGCGGAGCUCCGGGACAGGGCGUGUCCCUCGUUUGGGUGCGCUUGUACCUCGGGCCGACUGCAUCUUUUUCGCCGCGGUAUUGUGCCCAGCGAAACCCUGCCCGUUUCACACCCAGCCUGUUAGGUCCUGCCCUCUGUGAUCAUGUCCAAGUCUCUGAAAAAGUUGGUGGAGGAGAGCCGGGAGAAGAACCAGCCGGAAGUGGACAUGAGUGACCGCGGCAUCUCCAACAUGCUGGAUGUCAACGGCCUCUUCACCUUAUCCCACAUCACACAACUGGUCCUCAGCCACAACAAGCUAACAACCGUGCCACCAAACAUAGCGGAGCUGAAGAAUUUGGAAGUGCUCAACUUUUUUAACAACCAGAUUGAGGAGCUGCCCACACAGAUCAGCAGCCUUCAGAAACUCAAGCACCUGAACCUCGGGAACUUUGUCAGUGCUGGGGGGUCAGUGGUGAAAAUCACAGUUCUUGGCCUCAAUUGUGGGGCCAGAGCCUGGUGUCAAUUGACAGUGUACAGCUGGGUCGCUGGCUUGUGGGACGUCUGGAAUGGCAGUGGAAGAGACGGACCAGGAGCACGUUCGUCUACGGCCACCCUGCGUGCACUCUAUCUAAGUGACAACGAUUUUGAAAUCCUGCCGCCAGAUAUCGGGAAGCUCACCAAGUUGCAGAUACUCAGCCUUAGGGAUAACGACCUGAUCUCGCUGCCUAAGGAAAUCGGGGAGCUUACUCAGCUCAAGGAGCUCCACAUUCAGGGGAACCGCCUGACCGUUCUGCCCCCAGAACUAGGUAAGCUGGCUGAUGGAUGA